AUGGAGGCCAUGCACGCGCGCAACGCGCCGCGAGUCCUCGCCAUGAUCCACAACCUCAAGGGCCUCUACACGAAGGUCGGCCAGGUGCUGUCCGUGCGCACGGACGAGCUGCCCGCCGCGUACGUCGCGGAGCUGUCGACGCUCCAGGACGCCCUGCCGCCGCGGCCGUUCCGCGGCGUGCGCGCGCAGGUGCGCCGGACGCUCGGC